CAAAAGGAAAGGCUUAUAAAACCUGCCACGUGACCACCCGAGUGGCCAAAAAAAGGAAGCCGCAAAGAUCAUCAUUUUCCCAGGGAGAUCUCCAACCUGCCACAUAAAGCAGACCAAAGCCGCGCAAAUGAUUGUACAUAAAGAUUCCGACUGACCCCACAAAGAUCGGCUAUAUUCCAAAUCCAUCACGUCGAUGGACCCCAAAGGUCAGAAGGAUGUGGACCGACUCGCGCGCGUGCGCGAUAAUCAGCGCAAAAGCAGAGCCCGCAAGCAAGAGUACGUGAAGGAGCUAGAGCAGAGCCUGGCAGUAUGUAAAGAAGAAGCACAAGAAAAAGACAUCGCGCACAGACUAUCGAUGCAAAAAGUCGAAGCCGAGAACCGGCAUUUGAAAGCUCUCUUGGAAUCACUCGGUGUUUCGACGGGCUCUGUUCAGAAAUAUCUACAUGAUGCCGAUGCAGUAAAUGUCAAUCGAAAGAUUGCUAUUCCUGCCAUUCGGCGACCAGAAAAUGAAACCCCCAGCUCGAAACUGGCUAUGGAGAUUCCUCGAAUCUACAAGGAUCCGGAGACCAAGCUGGCGACUACAAAGAGCACUGAAUCAGCACCGCAGAGCAGCGAGCCGAAGCAAGAAGAGGAAGAUCCGGCUUUUUGUGGAUGUCGAGCUGAGAGACAGGAUUCACUGACGACGGAUGAAGAUGUGCUUAAUUCGACACUUUGUGCCAUUGCGGAAGAAAUGAUUAAUCAGUACAAUACCAAAGGGAUUGAUGUUGAUGAGAUCCGACGGAGGAUUUGGUCUGGGUUCCGGGCUGGUGCGAAUGGCACUGGGUGCAGAGUACAGAAUCAUGUUUUGUUCCAAGUUUUGGAUGAGAUUAGCAAUGAUGUUUGACUGGCUUUGGUUCUUGAGUGGAAUAUGUCAGCAAUGCCCCUUCCUAGAUGUCUAGGUGAAGCCAGUGCUGCUCUCUGUUUUGCCAACAAUUCACGUAAAACAAUGCUUGUAGGUAG